UUUUUUUUAUUGAUUCUCUAUCCUGACUAUGGGAGUUACUUGUCUUGUUCGUUGGAAAAAUGCCACUGGGAUGCGCGACUUUACAUACAUUGCAGAACAUGUCACUAAAACAUUACACGGAAGAAACGCAGGAACGUGGUCACUGACAAUGAAAAUGUAUCGUGAUGCCAAUACAAUACAACGCCAAGGGAAAGAUAGUAAAUUGAUGUAUCAAGUAGCUCUUGGACAACAACCUGGACAACUCUACUGUAUGGUGGAAGGUGGUGUGGUGAUAGAAGCAGAAAAAGAAAUAGAAUCUAUUCUAUCCAGAUUAAGGAAUAUUUGGCAAUUACGACAAAGUAUUACUAUAGAGGGAACAAGCUUUGAUAUUGAUGAUUUUACAUUACGGGUAGCGAAUAUUUUAGUGGGAUCAACAUACAAAGGUCUUUUAUUAGAGAUCGAUUAUCACCCUUGUUUUGUACCACAUGAUGCGAAUGAUUUGUUCCGAGAAUUCAUUGAAUCUAUCUUACCACCAUCAGCUCAACUCUCUUGUGAAUACGACUAUAGCUAUGAACAAGUUGGACUUAGCAAUCAGGAAUUUACAUCAGCGCACACUGGAUACCAAUAUAUGAUGUUGUUUCGAAAUGAUGGUUUAUUAUAGAAAUACAGUAGUUAGUUUAGUUUUUAUCUAAUUUUGUUAAUAAAAAAAAAUAUUCUGAUUGAAA